GAAAUUUAACUCAUGAUCUGUAGCAGCCUAUGAGGUAGACGUCUUCAACAUAAUAUACUUGUGCUUUUGUCGGAGAGCUUGCAUCAAGCAUCAUGUUGUCUAUAAGGAUGUCUCCAGCCUUGAUUCUUCUUUUAUCUCUCUACAUGAUAUCUCCAGCCCAAGCUGUGGAUUUUGACAAACCAUCAUUUGUCUCUGUGAAGUCUGGAGAACGUGUUACUCUUAACUGCACAUUUCUAAACAGCAGCAGAUCACUUCGUGUUGUUUGGUACAAACAAAGAUCUGGAGAGCUACCUCAGAAACUCGGAGAAAGGCUUUCAUACCUGGAUGCAAAAAUUUCACCUCAGUUCAACAGCUCAGGAGUGAAAGUGGAGAGAAUUAAUAAUGGGAUUUCUAUGACGAUAACACAUGCAAAAAAAGAUGAUGAAGGACUUUACUUCUGUGGACUGCCUAAAUGGGAGAAUGUACAUUUUUUCAACGGAACAAUCUUGGCUGUAACAGGUAAACCAGAUUUAAACGUCUCAGUGUUCCAGAGCGGUGUGUCGGACUCGGUUCCUGCAGGAGCGUCAGUGACUCUGCAGUGCUCGGUUCUCUCUGAGAGCAGAUCAGCAGAACUCCAAGUGCUGUGGUUCAGAGCUGCUACACCACAAUCCCAUCCUCAAAUCAUUUACACUCAUCACAACAGCAGCCAUCAAUGUGAGAGCGGCUCUUCUACACACACCUGUGUGUACAACUUCUCCAAGAACAUCCUCAGCCUCAGUGAUACUGGAACUUACUACUGCGCUGUGGCCAUGUGUGGGAAGAUCAUUUUUGGAAACGGGACACGAGUACAGUUGGGUAAGAAUACAUUCACUGACCAACAUCACAGUAAGUAUGUAAUUGUAGUUUGUAUCUGUUUGCUUGGUUUUAGUUGUAAAUAAUUAGAAUAUUGAUAUGGGUCUACAGUGUGUGUAAACAUAUUUGUCAUUAUAUGUAUUUUCAAACAGAGGGAUCUGAUUCUGUAGUGAUCUCCUUUGCUGUAGCAUUGGCAGUGUGUG